UUGUUAUUAUUAUGAUUCUAUUUUGGGUUUUAGAAAUAAAUAAAUUAUCGAAGUCUAAAAACGUACUCUGAUGGCGCUCUGCAGCUGCACCUGGUGUUCGCCCGGGUCACGACAACAGUAGUGGCCGCCCUACAGUGGCCCCUGGUGGCCGCCCGGGUCAUGAAAGAAGUAGUGGCCUCCUUACAGCGGCCUCUGGUGGCCGGCCGGGUCAUGACAGCGGUAGUGAACCUCAGAGACGUGCCGCGGCUGUCUAUUUUUUUGUCGUCUGUGCCUCGCUAAGUUACAACUGCAGGUAACAAUCCGGCUUGGUCAAAACAGAAAAACAGAAAGCGCAGGCAUGCCGAACCUCAAGCUGAUCUCUGCCACGGACACACAGUACUCCGCUGCUGUGCUGAGGUCCAUGAACGACCAAAGGAACCAUGGACUAUUCUGCGACGUCACGAUAAUCAUACAGGACAAGAAGUUCAGAGCCCACAAAACGAUUCUGUCCGCCUCCAGCACUUACUUUCACCAGCUCUUCUCCGUCGCCGGGCAGGUCAUCGAACUGAACUUUAUCAAAGCGGAAAUCUUUGAACAGAUCCUCAAUUACAUUUACAGUUCCAAGAUCACCCGCGUCCGAUCCGACAUGCUGGAGGAGCUCAUCAGCGCCGGAAAGAUACUGGGCGUCAAGUUCCUCGCCAACUUGGGGACGCUUUUGUCCCAAGUGAAGGGCUUACCGGGUCUGUCGAAAGACCCCGAGUGCAAGAGCGGCGCGUCCACCAAGGUGAUGCCCAUCAUCACCGAGUCCUUCUCCAUAUCGGCCGAGGAAUUUAACCAGACGUGCAAAUCUGCCGACGACGACGGGGACUCCGAUAACGACGACGUCAUGUUCGUCUCGGAAACGGAUUCCAAGAAGACGGAGGAGACUCCGAAGCCGGCGGUGAUCGACCUGGACGCCGGCGAGUCGGGAGACGCAACGUCGGACAAAAAGCGGGAACCGCAAAAUACUGCGGGGGAGAUGAGUCCACCCAAAGCAGAAGACGCAGCGCUGUCCGCGUUGAAGGGGUCCCCCCAGGUGGUCCCGGUCUCCCGGCCCAACCUGAGCCCCAACACAUCCUCCAGCAUCCCCUGCCCCCCGGCCCGGAUGUCCUCCGGAGCCACGCCCACCACGCCGGUGUCCAGCCUGCACAGCCUCACCCCCGUGUCCCCCAACACGCCGCAGCCCUGCGACAGCAGCGACAUGAUGGGCGUCCACAAGAAGCAGGUGUGCACCACGGCCCAGCAGGGGGACUUUAAGAUCCGCCUCUCGGACAUGUCGUCCGGGGCCAACUUCCCCCAGGCGGCCGUGGUGGCCAAGAAGACCAUCACGCUGGACAAGGCCCUGGAGAUCGACGCCCUCUCGUCGGGGUGCAAGGUGUACGCCAACAUCGGCGAGGACACGUACGACAUCGUCCCCGUGAAGGAGGACCCCGACGAGGGCGGCUCCAAGGCGGCCAAGGGGAAGCGGGCGCUGAUGGCCACGCCCCUGAAGCCCUUCGAGGAGGGCAUGGCGUCGCCGACCGGCAGCCCCAGCAAUAAGAAGAUCAAGAGCGAGCCGGAGGACCACUACGAGCUCAUCAUGGACGGGAAGACCUUCUACGUGUGCAUGGUCUGCAAGCGACCCUACGUGUGCCUCACCAGCCUGCGGCGGCACUUCAACACCCACUCGUGGGAGAAGAAGUACCCGUGCCGCUACUGCAACAAGGUGUUCGCGCUGGCCGAGUACCGGACUAAGCACGAGGCGCAUCACACCGGGGAGCGUCGGUACCAGUGCCUGCUGUGCAACGACAUGUUCCUCAACUACCAGGUGCUGUCCACGCACUGCAAGCAGGCGCACAACCAGGACCCGUCGGGCCGCAAGGAGAAGGACGCCACCCCCAACAACCUGUACCGCCUGCUGCCCUACAAGUCCCUCCCCACGCAGCCCUCGGGCUGGCCCGCCCACGAGGGCGGCGUCCGCAUGAUCGGGGAGGACGGCAGCGUGCAGCACGUCAUGGCCGGCGUGGGCGGCGGCGGCGGCGGGGAGAUGCAGUCUCCCACGCAGCAGAGUAAGGUUUUGAGCUGGAACGAUAUCUUCGUGGAUUCCGACGCCCGGUCGCGGCCGGGCAUGAACCCCCCGCAGCAGCAGCAGGGCAAUCCCGAGUUCGACUUUGUCAUCCCGGAGACCUACUGAGGGGGGAGAGGGGGGGAGGGAGGGAGGGAGGGAGGGAGAGGGAGGGAGACUGGUAUCUGUGCCUUUCACAGCUUCUUACUCUUCAGUAGGGAUGCACCGAUUCCACUUUUUUUCAGACCCAAGUACAAGAACUUACGUGUGGGUACUCGCCGAUAACGAGUACCGAUAAAAAUACCGAUACCGAAUGAAAAAUACCAUUACAGUUUAGAAAACUGUAAGAAAGAGGGGGGCGUGUUAUCGCCAUGGUUACAGCCCACGGCCACUUUGUGAUACUUUUUUAGUUCGGUCGUAGUGAUCGAGUGUCUGAGCGAUGAUGAAUGUGAAAUGUGCCACACGUUGCCCCUCUCUUCUCUAAAUUGAGGACUUAUUUCAGUUACAGGGAUAAAAUGGCAUUGAUUCCUAUGUCGAUGAUCAUAGAUAGAGGGUUCGCUAGUUGUUAAACGUUACGUAGCGUUGUGUAAAGUGGUAUCGGACGGUUGCAUCUAGGGCCCGACCGAUAUUGAUUUUUGAGUGCCGAUGCCGAUUAUUUUCAGAGAAAAAUUACGAUUACGAUUUAAUCGGCCGAUUGUUAGUUAGCAAGGCGAGUAGGAGCGCAAUCUGCAGGAUACUAAGCGCAAUAACAUUUCUAAAAAAAAAAAAUCGGUUGUAAUCAGCGUCUUUUUGGCAGAUGUUGAUUAUUUUCAAAAAGGCUAUAAUCGGCCGAUUAAAUCGGCAGGCCGAUGAAUCGGUCGGGCCCUAGUUGCAUCUGAGAAGUUUGGCGAGAAAAUGAGCACAGUAUCGACAACAGUAUCGGGUCUGAGUCCUGGUAUCGUAUCGGUGCGUCCCUAUUCUUCAACAUUGUUUCUUACCCCCGCUUCGGGUCUUCCUUGAAGUGUUCUUGCUUUAGGCUCUCACUCACUGACAUCGUUAUAUCGUUUUUUUGUGGUAAAAAUUAUGUUGUGUCAACUGAAACUUAUUAGAAAUAAAACAUUUUUUGUGUAGAACUUUUCAAAUCCACUGAAAAGCGUUGCAGACGCGUGAAUGCCUUCAAGAAAUUAUUUUACAUAUUACGAGUUAAAAAAACAUAACAAAAUCCAAAUAACAAAAAAAAACGUUUGUAAGAUGGUCUUUAGUUCUAACUCCACACUUAUUCAGAGCCUUACUUACUUGUGCUCUCGUUCAAAGCGAAUUAUUUUAUUAUGCGAUUUGAAUAACAUUCCUUGAAUUCUAAAGCAACCUCAAUUAUUUAGGUUAAUUUCAGUUCUUCCCCUGAACUUCACUGAAGUUCAGGCGUUAAUUCAAAUCAAUAUUGAUUUGAAUUGAAGGGUUUCAAUCUUUAAAUAUUACUUAUUUUUUAUCACCUGGCUCAUCACAGAUUGACUGUACUGUAAUAUGUUAACGUAUAAAUGUUUAUUAGGGCACCAGGAAUAAAUAUUGGUUGAUUAACCCGUGUUUCAGACUUCCCACUGUGAAAGGAUGACUCCAGCAUAAAACGAAAGGUGUAUGGAUUAAUGUUAUCGCACACAAUUCAUUGUGCUUUGAUUCAGUCCAGUCCCACAUUUGAACCAAGAAUGGCUUUGUUUUGAUUCCCUGUUAACCUCUUAUAGCCCAACUUAUCCUAUGUAAAGUUUGAUUGAUGUGUCUUUUGAAAAAAAGUAAAUAGUCCAAUGAGGUUUGCACUAAUCCAUCGAUUUUAAAAGACUGGUUAAACUAUUUCUUCAUUUUGAUUGAUCCUUACGGCCCUUCAGUGUUCUGUUGUGAGUCGCCCUAUAUGCUGGCCAUAUUCAUUCUUCCCUUCAUGUCAAACUGUUGUCCGUGCCAGACGCCCCCUGGUGGUAGUACCUGGGCUGUGAUUGUAUUUAAAGAGGUCGGUUUCGGAGGGCUACAAUGAUGUACGCUAGUCUGUAAAUAUAGCACUUAGUGAUAAUCAUGCAGUAAAAAAGACUAUUUUGGAAUACGUCUCAUGUAUUUGUCUGUUACAUUUUUGUGUUUUAUCAGGGUAGCAGUGUGGGUCAUGGAGUAGGUCUUAUUUCAUUCCAAACGACUUCAUGUCAUUCAUUUGAGAUCUAGCAGGUUUAGGGUGAGACUAACCAAGGAAGGUGGGUGUUUUUUGUUUUUUUAUUGUGCCCAUGGCCUUUUUUUUUUCUUUACUUGUCAGCGUUGUUCAUCUGAAAUGUAUUUAUAAGGUCUCGUGUGCUUUUGGCAUUAAAUAAACUCAAAACAUGUCUGUUGUGGUGUCCUUUCUACAGGUUUGUACUUUCCAUGCCCUCUUUCCUACAAAUUGUUUAAUUAUUAUUAAAGUGUAUUGACACAAAACUCAUGUAUCAUGCGUGCCACUGAGUACUUAUUCACUAUCGUGAUAAAGUAAAUUAAAGGGGUUGUUUUUCAGUGUAAUCAUGUCUAUCAGUUUCAAGUUUGAUUGAGUGAGUUCACUGUGGGUGAAGUAGGCUACAUCUCAGCAGUAGUUCAGACACUUUAUUUAGAAAAACAAUACAGUUCCAUAAAAGUUUAAUGGCAAAGAAACAGAACACUUUGUCAGACCCUGAGAGAGUGCUCUUCAAACGAUAAGAAGCCUGAAUGAUAAAAGCAUUCCCCAGUGAUGUUGGCAGAGAGUACCACCGCCUGCUAGGAGCUGUUUGGGACUACACCCAAACCCACCCACAGCCUCGUAGUGGUGUGAGGGGGAUAUCCAACUGGAAAAGGACAUGAGCUUCAUUUAUUUACAGAGAGAAAGCCCACAACUGAUCGCAUAAAUACAAUGAGUGUGGCACAGUCCGACCCUUGAGUGGAAAACUGGUCGCGUAAUUACUAAAUAUACUUGACUAAGUAAGGCCAUGUGGAUUAUAAGAUACUAAGCUUUAUGCCUUGAAGGAGCCACU